UACCGGAGGCGAAUUUCCGCGCCUUUUCGCAGUGGAGAUGGAUGAGAGAGCAAAACAACCUCCAAUAUUUCAACUAGAUUAUCACAUUAUGGACUAAUUUAAUCUUUAAUAAUAAUCAUACUUCAAAUGCAGACUGUUUGCUGACAUAAGGUAACAUCGAAGAAUGUUGCUCCCGUCUGACGUCGCCAGACUUGUGCUGGGCUACCUGCAGCAAGAAGGGCUCACUGCCACAAGUCGAGCCUUCAUCUACGAGAGUCCAAACCUGAAGGAAUAUGCCGAGCACAGCUCAGAGGAUGGGAUCAUCCCUGCCUGUGUGUUUUCUCUAUUUGGAAAAAACCUGAUCACGAUUUUAAAUGAAUAUGUUGCUGUCAAAGCAAAAGAAUCAAUUCUAGAAAAUCAAAUCCCUGUACUGAUGACAUCAUUAUGGAAAAAGCUUGACUUCACACUCAACCAAAUCAAGUCUCUGCAAAAUUCUCCUGCCGUGCAACUGAAUCAGCGAUUGCGCACUCGGAAUAGCAUUCAAAACAUGAGACGUCAACAGAGACCCGUGUUGGUAUCACAGUCUCCCAUCUCUGGGCACCCUCCAGUGACUCCAGUCGGCCAAUAUGUCCCCGGCUCUGUGUCCACCCCUCAAGGCUUGCUGGGACAUUCUACCCCAAUGUCUUACACUUCUCAGCAUACCAGACCCUCUACUCUCUGCCUUAGUCAGCCAGGGGAGUCACCGUUGCAGAUACUGGUCCCUGAUAAUAGACUGAAUCCUGGACCUUUGUCUCCGGCCCGCAGAAAAUGUGACUCUCCGAGGCGGCGAGGAGGUGGUCAGUUGGGUGCCAGCGGGCCCAGCAGGGCCACAGUAGUGUCCAGCACUCUCAUCAUGGAAGCUCAGAGUGAAGAGACUGUGACGGAGAACUUAUCUCAAAUAGUUAUAGAAAAUGCCAGAGAUAAAAUUCUCAAUGAUAGAUCCUUACAAGAAAAACUUGCUGAAAACAUCAACAAGAUCUUGGCAAGUGAUAAUAGCCCUCAGACAUCAAAAACUGCCUGCAGUGCUAUGGAACAAGAGCAGUCGAUCGAUGAAAUCCUGGGCCUCCAGGGGGAAAUUCAUAUGACGGAUGUUGCCAUCCAAGACAUACUGGCACAGACGGAGUCAGACCCGGCAUUUCAGGCGCUCUUUGAUCUCUUUGACUAUGGGAAAAGUAAUAUGGCUGAAGGCAGUGAACAGGCUGAUGGGAGUUUCAGUACCAGUACAAGUGCACCGGAGAGUGAUGAGACUGGGCUUGUAGACAGCGCCUCUGAAACGGGUACUGGACAGGAGGAUUCCACAACAGGAGGAGAAAGUAGUGCACAAAACUUAAGCAUCCAAAAUAUGUCUGAGUCAAAAAGCAAAAAGAAAUCUUCCGGCCUUCGUAAUGUGGCAAAGUCUUCUUCUACAGCUUCGCAGCCACGUAUUAUAACCAAACAAACAGCAGAAGGAUCCACAAAUUCUAAGACAGGGGUAGUCAGGGCUAGAGUUUUAUCUGGCAAUAAACAAUCCAGAGGUGCGCCUUCAACUUCUCCAAAGUUGAACGAUAAAGCGGAUUCACGUCCACCUGACCAAAUCGUAUCAAGUUCCUCCUUCGCUGAAGAAGGAGUUGGCAUGGAGAUAGAUGAACCAGAAAGUGAAACCUCUGAGAGAGUAAAUGUUCAGAAUCAACAGCUAGUUCAUCUGGAGAGCUCUCACACAACUGAAACAAUCAAUGAAAAUGCAAGCAGUCACGUUCUUGUGUCAAAUAAGACGCCACAAACCACACUCGCUACUGAAAUCUCAGAUAAUACAUCUGUAAAUGAGUCUGGGAGAGUAACAGGAAUGACCAUCGGACAGAAUGUGGAUAUGGGAACCUCUUUAUCCAUUCAAAGUGAGGCUGUGACCUCACUUAAUCCACCCCAAACUGACAUGGACACAUCCGCCAAAACAGCUUCUCUGUCCUCCUCAAAUAAAACGCCUUUAACUCCUUCCUGCACACAAACUCAGCCCAGCACUAUCAGGAACAAUCUCCCUACAGCAGCUUCUUCAUCUUCUGCCACUACGCCGAUUACCUCCACGUGCGUUUCUGAUGCCCAGGCCAAGGAGCCUGACCCCAGUAAGAUCGUGUCUCUGAAAAUCAUCAUCAGUGAUGAGCAGGACGAGCUCACUACUGAUGCAGCACUGAACCAGGCUGUUUCCAGCAUCACCAGUGACCACAUUCCCACCAUCUUCCUGUCCUCCCCUGCCAAGACUUUGCCUGCAACCUCUACGGUCAUAACACAAGAUGAAACGGCUCAGGCUGUGAGCUGCUUACAGGGGGCGGAGGGUGUUGGAUCAUUUGGAACACCUACGAGGAGCAUGCAGAAUAAUGGACAGGCUCCUCUGGCACGUCCCACAGGUCAGGAAACCGGUUUCAUUCAGCUGUUACAAGCCAACACAGCCUUUGGGUCUUCAGGUAGCUAUUUUGUCGUAACAGAUCCGGCUGCUGCCGAGCAGCGGGCAAAUGUCAUGCUGCUUUCAAGUAAUGUGCCUCAAGGGACUAUGUCUUCAUUGCAACAUGUGGUAACUACGCCACCUCGCCAGAGGACUGUGGUGUCCAUGGGACCAAAUGUCUCUCAGACCUUUUCGCCUGGCUCCACAAUCAUUAUAUCCUCACCAGUUCCGCCCAUGUUACAAAAUGUAAUGCUUCCAUUGUCUGUAAUGGGGCAGAAUACUGGAAAACUCACAGUUCUUCCCAAUCAGAUGGCUUUGCCAUGUUCACCCACUGUAAGGCAACCUGCAAAAAUUAUUUCUCAACCUAAAUUGGCACCCAAGGAAAACACUGACAUGGGCAAAACUGUCACAUCUGGGUCCGGCCAAGUUUCAAAAGUACUUCCCCAGACGUCUGAGCAACAAAAGUGUGUGAGUGGAACAAGUCCCAGCCAUCGACGAAUACUUUGCUUUGACGUUACACCUGAAAACUCUGCAGUCGGGCAAAAUUCCUUACAGACAAACACACCCGCGUCCUCUGCUGUUACAUCCUCCCCGACUCAGCAGAUUCAGAAAGAAAUCACACCCACUAAACCGAAACAGCCUUUAGUUUCUGACAAUUGUAAAAGAAGAAUAGAAACGAUAAGAUUGCCAGAUGUACAUCCCAAUGCAGUUAUAAAGAACUCUGAAAAAAUCACCAUAUUUCAUCAACAAAAAGAACUCCCAAAAAGUAAAGUAACAGAAAAGGGAUUAAAUCUAAUCAUUGUAAAUACCAAGUCUUCCAACAAAGCUGCAACUGAGCCAGAGUCUCACAUUAGAUCAGAAUCACCGAAAAAAUCACAAGGAUCACAGGAGGAUGGCGGAGUGGUUUUACAGAGUUCAAAAUCAUCUGCUCCGGGGCCAAAGCAGAAACCAGUAGGCAACACAAAGGACAGCACACAAGAAGAAUCUCGUGAAAGAACGCUUUUAAAACCAGCAGAGAGUUUCUCAGAGAAAGCUUCCUUACAGGACUCUCCAGGCAUCACUGCAAAUAAAGAAAAUGAGCUCGAGAGCUGCCAUCAUCAGACAUCUGCACGCCCCGCUGAGGAUCUUAUAUCUUCUACAGCAAAAUCGCCGGCACCCGUAUCGAGCACUUCCAAUAAAACUUUAUGCAAGACGAGCCCCCUAACUAAACAAGCCGCUGAGAUGCUGCAGGACAUACAGGGCCAGGCUCCUGCGGACACUCCGCCGAAGAGGCCGGCAGCGAGAGGUCCAGAUCUCCCUCUCCCAAGAACACCUGGACCAGGACGUGCACAGGAGGAGCAGAUGGAUGGUUUGAGAACCCCGUCACGGCAAAGACUUAGGAGGGAGGGUGAAAGCACGCCGAGGCAUCUCCCCCCUCCCGCCACACCUGAUAUCCCCUCCUGCAGUCCUGCCAGCGAGGCGGGGAGUGAGAACAGCAUCAAUAUGGCCGCCCACACUCUCAUGAUCCUGUCACGCGCCGCCAGGACAGGAGGUCCUCUGAAAGACAGCUUGCGUCAAGAGGAGGCCAGUGCUGGGAAAUCCGCCAUCCCUAAAGCAAAGAAACGAAAGCAACUUGAAACAAGCCCUCUGGCAAAGAAAGAGCUACAGCUUUCCAGCUCCUCAAGCAGUAAAAAGAAAUCUAAGAAACAGAAGAAGCUGCUGGACUCCUUUCCCGAUGACUUAGAUGUGGACAAAUUCCUGUCAUCCCUGCAUUAUGAUGAGUAACGACGCUGAGGACAAGCCAUGCUGCUCGCCAGCAUAUCAGGGACAUAACAAGCCAUGUGUGCUACUGAGAGUGAUCUAUUCAGCAGAGUUACCGAAUCUAAAUAGCUGCUUUCUGUUUUACAUCCAGAAUGUGAGAUAUUGUACAUAUACACCAUGAUAGCCUAGUAAUCAUUUGCAUACUUUAAAGAUGUUUAUAUGCUGGCCCCGACUAAUUCGGCACUCUUCAAAACAAAAAAGGAAAUAAUUUAAGACUAAACUGUAAUUAUUGACUAUGUAUGUGAAAGAGUGUCAUUUCAUUUGUUUCACUGCACCAGCUGUCAUUUAGUUCAUUGCCUUUUUUAUGUUUUACUUAACUGGACCUUUUCCAUCAGCUGCACAAUGUGACUACAUUUCUGUGAACAUAAUUUCCUCUGUACAUCCUCUAGGUGGUAUUCUUUCUUUACAGUACCGAGAGGGAAGUUAAAUGUUAUUGUUUUCUGUCCUUUAGAUGGUUUAUUAUUUUAUGUAUUUUAAUAAAUCACUAUUUUAUUGAA